AUGGGACCUGCAAACAAGGCAGUGGAUCAAGACUCGGAGCCAGUUCCACUACAGACAUUUUGUGCCAAAACUCUGUCGGAUUUUGCCUUCACUGAAAGCGAAUGCAAGCAACAAGCAGAUGGGUUUUCGUGUGGCUACCAUGUGAUCUGGAACAUGGCCAAACUUGUUUUGGACUGGGGGCAUCUCGAGUUGUCCGUCUCGGUCGACACCAUGAUGAAAGUCUUCUCCCACUUCUUGGGCCACAACCAACUCGCAGCACCACUCGAUCUGGAGUCACUGGUCCCCACUCAAACCGCAAUGCAAAACACUGCCUCCUCUUUCAAGCAAAAACUUCUUCAAGAAACAGAACUGACGGCACUCAAACUUCGGCAUACGUCGUCAUCUUACCCCGUUGUCCGCAAACGAUACCACCACCUGCCAAAUCUUACGUCUAGCAGGCACCGAUACUCUAGUGUGCUAAGCAAACGUUCAGGUCAUAAAAGGCCAUGGGCUCGCAGCACUGGUCUGGGCUCCGGAAACGAGCCACUUCUCUUGCAAGGUUCCAAUACAAGCUGGCAAAAGUACGUGAACUUGGUGGGGGAGUCACACAUUGGGGACGCUGCCACUCGAAUCCAUCAACACAACGAGGGAAAGAAACAAGUCUCAGAGGCACUCUUACAACUCAGAGGCUUCAAGAACCAGGAGAAGGAGGCCGUCCUGACCCAGUUGAUGCGCGACGCCGGUAGUCUGGAAGAUGGCGAAGACACUGAAGAUCAUGUCUGGGACCAGGUCAUCCUCAGAGCUAACACAGCUCGGGUGGACAUGGAGGGGCGCAAUCACAACGAAGAGAGGCUGUCACUGGCGGACGCCCAAGAUGCUCGCAUUCAUGAACAGGCCAAAGUAGGGGAGGCCGAGAGGACUUUGGGGAAUCUUGAGCCGCAGACCUGUGGACUAGAGGAAGAGGUCAAGAGACAGGAGGUGAUUAGGUCCAUUUCGGAAGGGCUUGGCUGGUUGAUGAUGCAUUCCAAGUCUUGA